UCAAGGUGGCUGUGGCUCUUAUUUCCCCCCCCCCCCGUUGUACUGUAACAAAAUGGUGACCGCAGUUGCGGUGUUUCUAGUCGUUCUUGGACUUCAGUAUUUCCGUAAAUUUUUAACAGAUUAUGUCACGUUGUUUUUGAAUCGACCAAGUCCUGAUGAAAAGCAACUUGCAAUCACCUUAAGGGAACUACAGAACGAACUGUCACACAUUAAUGCCCAGCAUGAGUUUGCCAAAUAUGCAAAGUUGAAACGACUCAUUAGCAAACAUGAAGAUAAAUUUCGCAGUCAAGGAUUACAGCGACAAAAACAUGGUCUUAAAAUAAAAGGAGUUUUGUGGACUGUUGGCAUCGCAUUCACUGUAGUUUGCCAUUCAUGGAUCAUGUGGAAUUACAGAUCUGUUCCAUUGGUGGAAAUGCCAACUGACUGGCUUGCACCAUUAAACCCUAUUCUUAAGUUUCCAACAAAUGUUGAUGGUGCUAUUGGUCUACCAGCAUGGCUUGUUAUUAGCAAUUCUGUUAUUUUUCAACUGCAAAGGAUGUGGUCACCCUAAAGCAUCAAAAUUAACC